AUGUCUGCCAUCCGCACGUCCACAUUAGCCGCCGCCCCGGCGCGCCUGGCCCUGCGCCGCUCGGCACCGCGCCGCUUCCAGUCGACCUCUUCUUCGUCCUCGUCGGCCUCCACAUCCUCCACAACCGCGACCGAUGCCGCCUCCAAGGCACGGCAGACGGCUGCGGACGUCACGUCCAAGGCCACGCAGGGCUUGACGCGCGUCACCUCGGCGGCCGGUCCCGCCCUGGCCGGCGCUGCCCGCGGCCUGAGCUCUGCGCUCGGCCGCGUCGGCGGCCGCACGGGUCGCUUCAUCAACUUUGUCGAGCGCCAAACCCCCUUCGUCGUCUACUACUCCCGCGUCGGCCUCGAACUCGGCCGUCUCGUCUUCCGCAACCAGAAGAUGUCGCCUCCCCCCUUGGCCACCUUCCAGACUGCGUUCCAGAACGCGUGGGUGCAGCUCCAGAACCCGGCCCAGCUGCUCCAGAAGACGACUGCUUUCGCCAAGUCCGCCCGCAACCUCACCCCGACGCAGCUGGCCGCCGGUGGCGUUCUGGCCGCCGAGAUCCUGGGCUUUUUCACCGUGGGCGAGAUUGUCGGCCGCUUCAAACUCGUCGGCUACCACACCACCGCCGCCCCGGCUGCUGCCCACUAA